AUGGACCGACGCGGUGGACUCUCCAGCCCGGCCCUGCCUUGCAUCCUGCUGGCCGUGCUGCUCGGUGGCCCCACGCUGGCCUCUGAGAUCGUGGGCGGCCGGCCGGCCCAGCCCCAUGCCUGGCCCUUCAUGGUGUCCCUGCAGCGGCGAGGAGGCCACUUCUGCGGCGGUACCCUGGUGGCCCCCAACUUCGUCAUGUCGGCCGCACACUGUGUGAACAGCAUGAAUUCCCAGACAGUGCAGGCGGUGCUGGGGGCACACAACCUGAGGCAGCGGGAGUCCACCCGGCAGAUCUUCGCCGUCCAGCGGGUCUUUGAAAACGGUUUCAACGCCAGGGAGCUGCUGAACGACAUCGUGCUCCUGCAGCUCAACGGGUCGGCCACCAUCAACGCCAACGUGCGCGUGGCCCAGCUGCCCCGGCAGGACCAAGGCGUGGGCAACGGCGUGCGGUGCCUGGCCAUGGGCUGGGGCCAGCUGGGCACCAACCGGCCGAUACCCAGAGUGCUGCAGCAGCUCAACGUCACCGUGGUGACGGCCCAAUGCCGCCGCACCAACGUGUGCACCCUGGUGCCCCGCCGGCGGGCGGGCAUCUGCUUCGGGGACUCCGGCGGGCCGCUGGUCUGCAACGGGCUGGUCCACGGGAUCGACUCCUUCAUCGUGGGAAGAUGCGGCUCCGGCUUGUACCCCGACGCCUUUGCCCCUGUCGCGCAGUAUGCAAACUGGAUCGAAUCCAUCAUCCGCGGCUCCAGCGACCAACCCCGUGUCCACCCCAGGGCCCCAGCGAGCAGGACCCACUAGAAAGGGCUGCCCCUGUCACCCCACCUCACCUGCCCCGGGCUGGGCCCGUCCCACGCUGCAUCAUGCAGCGUCUGGCACAAUAAAAACCCUCUCUGUUUUGUAGA